CAAGUGAAAGAUUUUAACUUUAGCAUGCGUAUGGAUAUUUUUCGGCUUUAUUUCUAUGUCUAGAUUUUUAUCCAAAGAUAAUAUGGAUCAAGUGUACGUGUAUUUAGCAGUGUUCAGUUUUUUUAGCCAGGCGAAAGGAUCUGGAGGGUCGAUGUUUGAUAUGACAGGAUCUGGAGGGUCGAUGUCAGUCCGGACAACAGACUGUUCGCUAGUUUACACGUGUCCGACCUUCUGUCUGAAGAGUAAAGGGAAAUGUUUCGUAUGUCAUUGUGGAGAACCGUUUAGGUCAUUUUUGAAAUCAGCACCUGAUCGACUAAAACAUGAUUACCAGUUUAUAUACCAAACCGGAAGUCAGUUUACCAAUGGACAAAUGAAUGAUGGGAAAUCGGCGGCUUCCGGAAAUCAGGCGGGGCCAUUCAGCAUGGGUGGUAUGAUGGGAGGAAGAAACUGGAUGAGUACCGGAAGUGCAUCAGUUAAUCGGUCACAGUGGAUAGGUGGCGUUAAUGCUAUGACGGGGAUGAGUCAACAAUGGAAUAUAGGUCAAGGGUCAAUAGGCACGGGCAACCAAGGGAAACUCGCACCGAUGAUGAUGUCAUAUCUCCAACCAGAUUUUCAAGGUUCAGUCGCUGCUAAAGAUUAAGUUAUGACUUACAUUUUGGAUAAGUUUUAUAAUGAACACGAACUAUUUCUGCAUUGUCUACGUUGCUGCAGAGAAACAGUUUGAGAAUGUCAAAUGGUUAUAUAUUUAUGUCAAUGCCUCGACUUGGGAUCGAUUUCUCCAGCCGAGCGAUAUACUAUACCUGUUAUUUAUCAUACGGCUAUCGGACUAUAAGUGUAGAAGUGGAUAGUGACCUCGACACUAACAAUAAUCUGACAGAUGUUUGGUUCCCAGUAAACUGUUGAUUACCACUGUCUCCCCUGAUCUGCUAUAAUAUAUAAUCCUCCCUUAACACCAACACAAAUUAGGAUCAUUCGUUUACGUUAAAUUGCAAUAAGAAAACACACAAACCUGAUGAAAUUUUUAAUUUUACAUUUGAUUUUACACAACAUUAAAUUUCUUAAAAGGUGUUUUAUGAAUGUUAAAUGUCACCCAUAUUUCAUUUAUGUAAAAUGCUUUAACCAAUAACUCUAUCUAUAAAGGAGUUGUAUAGA